AGACUGAUAUAGAUCAGACCGUACGGAAAUAUGCUGGUGAUCCUGUAGUCACUCUGUCUGUCACAGGUACAGUUACAUUCAAUAAAGCUAAACUGUUGAAUUCCAUUUUGUUCUGGGCAUUUGUCUUGGUUUGUGUUUAUAUCUGUAUAGAAUAGGAUUUCUUCCAUCUGUGUCUUAGAGGGAAAACCCAGUGAUAAAGGGAUUUACAGUGAUAUUGUUUUUUAGUCACACUUUAUUUGGAUAGUCUGGAUAGAUGCUCUACAGAUGGUCAUUCUAUCAACACACUUCCUGUUGAUAAGUUACUGCUUUUUCUUUAGUCUUUCUACUAUUUUCCCUGUACCUUGACACAGCUCUCUCUCCACAGAGUGUCCAUCCUGACCUAACUGGGACACACACACCACUGACAAACAAGGACCAGACACUCUGGCAUGACACGUUCACAUCUCUUCAGAGAGACGCUCAGCACUCCGUAUAUCAGACCAUCCAGGGGAGAAAACCACCACAGAACCUGGAGGGAAAGAACCACCACAGAACCUGGAGGGAAGAGAACCACCACAGAACCUGGAGGGAAGAGAACCACCACAGAACCUGGAGGGAAGAGAACCACCACAGAACCUGGAGGGAAGAGAACCACCACAGAACCUGGACUGAAGAGAACCACCACAGAACCUGGACUGAAGAGAACCACCACAGAACCUGGACUGAAGAGAACCACCACAGAACCUGGACUGAAGAGAACCACCACAGAACCUGGACUGAAGAGAACCACCACAGAACAUGGACUGAAGAGAACCACCACAGAACAUGGACUGAAGAGAACCACCACAGAACAUGGACUAAAGAGCUAUGGCUCCAAACCAAAGCUAGUCCUUACACUCUAUUCUCUUGCUAAUAUAUUGUUAUAAUAUCUUGAAGUUUCACCCAAAUUACAAAAUGACACAUUGGUUUCCCUUCCCUUUUAGCAGUCUAUGAACAUGGUGUGACAUCAGUCCCUGCUUUGGUUUAGUUUCCCCUGACACUGUUUCCACUUGCUAACGUUUUAGCAUUCGUGGCACAAAUCCCAUUCGUCAUGUGACUGAUAAGAGGCAUUUCUCGCACAUCAUUUCAAAAUCAAUCAAAAGUUU